UAGGUUCUACUACAACUUCUUCCAGAGUUUUCACUUAUUUUUCAAGUACUUCCUUUGAACCAUUCACUACAACUUCUACUACCACUGCCAUAGCUACCCCAACCUUCACCACUACAAUGGAUACUCCAAAUUCUGUUACCACAGCAGCAUCUAAUCCAACCUCUACUAUGACCAUGGCAUCUACUUCCACCACUUCUGUUUCUAGCCUUCCCUCUUAUUUUACCUCUUCCUUUACCACAACCAAUCUACCAUAUUUAUCAUCUACCACCAGUACCCCACCUUUUUCAUCUUCAGUCACUGCAACCACACUUUAUCCUACCUCAAGCGCCACGGCAUCCACUACAAACCCAACAGAAGUUUCCACAGCAUCACAUCCUCAUGCAUCUUCACCAGGUUCUACUACAACUUCUUCCAGACGUUCCACUUCUUUUUCAAGUACUUCCUUUGAACCAUUCACUACAACCUCUUCUACCACUGCAACAGCUACUCCAACCUUCAGCACCACAAUGGAUGCUCUCAAUUCUGUUACCACAGCAGUAUCUAAUUCAACCUCCAGUAUGACAACGGCAUCUACUUCCACCUCUUCUGUUUCUAGUCUUCCAUCUUCUUCCUUUACCACAACCAAUCUACCACAUCUAUCAUCUACCACCAGUACCCCACCUUUUUCAUCUUCAGUCACUACAACCACACUUUAUCCUACCUCAAGCCCCACGUCAUCCACUAAAAAUCCAACAGCAGUUUCCACAGCAUCACGUCCUUAUUCAUCUUCACCAGGUUCUACUACAACUUCUUCCAGACGUUCCACUUCUUUUUCAAGUACUUCCUCUGAACCAUUGACUACAACAUCUUCUACCACUGCAACAGCUACUCCAACGUUCAGCACCACAAUGGAUUCUCCAAAUUAUGUUACCACAGCAGUAUCUAAUUCAACCUCCACUAUGACCACGGAAUCUACUUCCACCGCUUCUGUUUCUAGUCUUCCCUCUUCUUCCUUUACCACAACCAAUCUACCACAUCUAUCAUCUACCACCAGUACCCCACCUUUUUCAUCUUCAGUCACUACAACCACACUUUAUCCUACCUCAAGCGCCACGUCAUCCACUAAAUAUCCAACAGCAGUUUCCACAGCAUCACGUCCUUAUUCAUCUUCACCAGGUUCUACUACAACUUCUUCCAGACGUUCCACUUCUCUUUCAAGUACUUCCUUUGAACCAUUCACUACAACCCAUUCUACCACUGCAACAGCUACUCCAACCUUCAGCACCACAAUGGACGCUCCAAAUUCUGUUACCACAGCAGUAUCUAAUUCAACCUCCACUAUGACCACGGCAUCUACUUCCACCACUUCUGUUUCUAGUCUUCCCUCUUCUUCCUUUACCACAACCAAUCUACCACAUUUAUCAUCUACCACCAGUACCCCACCUUUUUCAUCUUCAGUCACUACAACCACACUUUAUCCUACCUCAAGCGCCACGUCAUCCACUAAAUAUCCAACAGCAGUUUCCACAGCAUCACGUCCUUAUUCAUCUUCACCAGGUUCUACUACAACUUCUUCCAGACGUUCCACUUCUCUUUCAAGUACUUUCUUUGAACCAUUCACUACAACCCAUUCUACCACUGCAACAGCUACUCCAACCUUCAGCACCACAAUGGACGCUCCAAAUUCUGUUACCACAGCAGUAUCUAAUUCAACCUCCACUAUGACCACGGCAUCUACUUCCACCACUUCUGUUUCUAGUCUUCCCUCUUCUUCCUUUACCACAACCAAUCUACAAAAGGUAUCAUCUACCACCGGUACCCCACCUUUUUCUUCUUCAGUCAGUACAACCACACUUUAUCCUACCUCAAGAGCCACGUCAUCCACUAAAAAUCCAACAUCAGUUUCUACAGCAUCACGUCCUUAUUCAUCUUCACCAGGUAAAUGUUUUAGAAUAAAUUAAAUUUUUCUUAUUCGUUUUCUCCAUCUUUAGAUACCUUUU